AUGAAACCCUACACCCUACCCACGUCUUCCCUAACUCCUCCCCUGCCCCUCCGGCUGCCCAACCUCUACCCCCCCCACCCCCCACUCUCCACCUCUGAUAAACCCCUACCCACAUGUAACCAACGCUCCUCUAUCUCCUCUCCUCUUCCCCACAAUAAACCACCCUACUCCUUCUCUUCCGCCCCACACACUCCCUUGGGUGGGUGGGGGGGGGGGGCCCUCCUCUCCCCUCCCCUCUUCCCACCCCCACUCUACCCCCCUACUGCCCCUCACCCCCUCAACAUUGGGCUCCUCUUCUACUCCCUUCUGCACUCUCCUCCCUCCAUCUAUGCCUUUAGUCUCUCGUACCACCAACCCCCUUAUACCAUCCCUGACCGUCAUAUAUCUCCCGCCCAUGUUUCCCCCCUACCCUCUAGCCUCCCUUCCCCUCCACGUUGCCUCAUCCCCCUCUCAGCCCUCACUCAGAAUAACCUCCCUCCUCCCCCCCACUCAAUCUCCCUCUACCUCUCCACUCCCUUCCCCACAAUCCUCACCCCGUGCUUCCCCUUUCCUCCCCACCUUAGCCUCCCCCACUCUCCAGGCCCCUCCACCCCUCCCCCCCCCACCCGAACACCUCCCCAACCUUUCCUCUCCCCUCCCCCACUCAACUUCCUCUCCCUCUCCAACCUCUCUCAAUCCGCCAUUCCUGGUCUUUUCACACCACCUCUCCCUCCUGUUCCUCUUUCCUCUCGCUUUCUACUCAUCUCCCUUCUCCGCCCCUGCUCCCACUCACUACCCCCGGUCAUACCCUAA